AUGAAGACUCUACCAUAUAUUUUUAUAUUCAAAGUUAUUUCUAUUUUCCUGUUGAUUGUUUUACCAACAGCAUUUACGCAAACUACGCAAUCUUCGCCAAUAAAUUUAAAUUAUUCAACUUUUACCUAUUCAGAAACAUCUAGUCAACCUAAUCUUACUAAAACUCCACCUCAUAUCUUGGCUAUUAGACAUUAUCAAGAUAAUGCGGGUACGGCAGUUGUUCGUGUCGGUCGAGUUAAUUAUUCUAAUGGCACUAAGUACUGUUAUGAACAGAGGUUAUUACUUCGCGUUCUUCAAGCAAACGGAAAUGUUUUUGAAAUAAAUUAUUAUAAUACUAGUGAAAUACAAGAUAUUAAUUUUUGCAACGUUGCAACAAUUAAUGGAAAUAAAAUUCCUCUGAAUUUUUAUCCACUAUUUGAUCAAUACAUCCUAGUGACAUACACUCAUGCAACUAAUACCUCUGAUAAUACGACCUAUAUAGAUAAGGGGAUGGUUUUAAAUUGGAAUGGAAAUGUUAUGAGUAUGUUCAAUUUUGGACAAUCUUACUUGCAACGAGGUACUAAAAAUUGGGUACCAAAUGAAUAUUUUGUAAAUAAUAUUGAUCCUCGAAAGGGAUUUUUGCGUUUAUCCGCAGUGAGUGGAAUAAAUAAUUUUGAAUGGAGGCAAUAUGGAUAUGUGGGCAAUGGAAUAUUCUCUUUACUACAUAAUGAUAUUAUUAGUGUUCAAAAUUUACCUUUUACUAGCUUCCAAGUUACCGUAUUUGCAACUUUGAAUAAUGGAUAUUCAAUUGUUUAUGCUAAUACGACUAAUGGGAUAACUUCCGAUAAGUUAUCAACCCAAUUUACUCCGAAAGCAGGAAUAUAUGCCAUAUUAUUGAGUUAUAAUCAAACUGAAACAAGCGAAAGAGUUAUUUUAUAUGAAUUACCUACUCCUAAUAUAACGUUCUCUAGAUUAAUAUGCUCUAUUGACUACGUUUUCAUUGGUCAUUCGUGUAUUAUAGCUGCAACACAGAGAGUAUUUCAAGCACAGCCUCUUAUAAAUGUAACUCUUCUCAAUGUAUCUACAACCACAGUUGUCAGCGCGACUUCGACUGCUGUCGUACAGGCUACUACGCCAGUUAAUAUCACCUAUGUUAACACUACUGCACCUCUUAAUAUAACUACAAGCCUAUUUUACAUUAAAGUACGUUUUCUUUCCACUGGAACCGUGCUUUCUUUAGAUCCAAUAUAUAAUUUGACUGCGGCAAAUGUCAGAACAUUGCCUCUUGGAGGAUAUGCUUUAAUAUCACAAGUACCUUUAAUAUUGAAUAAUGUAUCAAUUGCAAAUUUCACCUUUGCACUUUACAAUGAAUCAGAUAAACCAUUGCCACCACAACAACCUAUUAUCGCAAAUUUAGUUGGCGCUUUUGAUAUAUUAGGAAAUAAUACUAUUUUAGUGGCGCUAAAUGAAACAUCAUCUAACGCUUGGAUCCUUCUUUCGAUCAACGUACCACCACUCUCUCAGUAUAAAGGCACUAUACUUAAUCUCAAUGUACUUUCUUGUACCUUCAAUGAUCCAAGUGGCCAAUAUUUUAUACAAAUGGAUAACAAUUUCGUAAAAAGUGCAGAUUAUAAUGAACCAAUAAUGGGAAUUAAUCAAAAUAUAUGGAAAUUUCAAACAGAUAAUAACAUACUAUCAAGUAAACGUGCUGCCAAUAUCCAUGGAAAGUUGCAAUUGACAGCAAGUGGAUCACAGUAUUUUCUAGGAUUGAAUGAUUCAGGAAAACAAGAAUUUUUUACCAAUCUAUUAAAAGAACUCACAAUUAUAAUUCCAACAGAACAAGGAAGACUGAGCUCAAAUAAUCAUUUUCAAAUUGUUAAGCCUUGGUCCGAUUCGGUACAAAUUAUUAUACCACUUUCAAUUAGUGAGGCAAGAAAUGAUGAAAAAUUAAUUAGCACAAAGAUAAGAGAUGAUUUAAAUCUGUUAAUCAAUCAGAAGAUGUAUACGGGCAUAUCAUGGGGAAAUACUACACAACUUUUAGACAAUAAUUAUGGUUUUCAACAAAUUAAAUCUAUAUCGGAGUUCUUUGAUCUAAAUAAAACCAAAUUUAUCUGGUUUUUUGUGGGCAUAAUUAUAUUUCUAGCGUUAUUCGUUGUAGCUAGGAUAAAAUCUCGAGAG